AUGAAAAUUUCGACUUUUUUCUUCGCAACUAUCGCUCAAUUCCGCCCUUCUCUGGCAAAAGAGUCUGCUCGAAUCUUCAUUGAUGAAGAGAGCUUCAUGAACACCGACAACACGAAUUUCAAACUCGAAGAGGAAUAUCUCAACGAUCAAUUAGCUGAAAUCCGCGAUUCGAGAACCAAACUCAUUUUUGAUUUUCCGCCAUCACACCACAAGCGCGGCGAAAUCGUCAAGAACAAGAUCAACGACCAAUUCGAACGUCUCGAAAACCGACUUCGAAAUCAGACCGAAAAAUGCUUCCGCGAUUUCAACAUCGUUUCAAUUCCAGAAAGCUCCGAUGCCUACGCUGGGAAUCAAUUGACGAGUGGUACGAUGUACAAUAGAUUCCAGAGCGGGGUCGCUAGAAAAAUGGCGGUCUACAUCCGACAAGUUUUUAGCACCGGUUCGCAACGAUGUACGAAACAGCAGGUGAUUUUGAUGAGAAGAUUGGAGCGACUUCGUCUUAUCACGUUGUGGCAUUAUUGCCAUAAAUUCGAUUCAACCGUCGCCCAAUGCAGCUGGGCAUAUCUCGACGAGAAAACAAACCAGCCCCGAGUUCAUCCUCGAAAUCAAACUUGGAUUGAUCAAAAAUUCGGGCGAAACACUCCAUUUCAACAACGAGCGGUCGUCUGCGACAUCGAUACCGGAGCCAAUGAUAUUGAACAGACCAUUUCUUGCAAGGACAACAAGAAACUCGUCAUCAAUUCUGCGUUUUUUGGCCGCCAGAAUGUGCACGAAUGCCUCGGCGACUUCCAGAAAGGAGAUUUUUCAGUUUGCGAGCACGAAGAAGAUGUGAAGAGUUCGAUCGCUUCUGAAUGCGAAAAUCAAGCAAACUGCACGCUGACAACCGACUUGAUUCCAGAAGAAAACAAGAUCUUCUGCGAAGAGUCGGAGAAUUAUUUACUUGUCCAUUAUUCCUGCGAAGAAUGA